CGUGUCUCAUUUUUAUAUCACGGUCUUUCUUUCAUAGUUUGAACAAGUCAAAAAAACAGAUAACAGGAAGAAAGGUCCUUGUUUGGCCACUUGAGUCGUCGCAGUCGUCUUCCACUGGCAAUUAACAAAUUUUCUCUGAACUUUCCUCUCUCUCUUUCCCGUGCUUUCUUUCCUAGCAACUACUCCAGGAUAACCUAUGACCAUGAUAAAUAAUAAGUCUUCACACUUUCACUGACUAUUAGAGUUGUAGUUUUUCACCAUAAGCCAUGAGGCUCCUUAGCAUCAUCACCACCUCCUUAACACUAUUCUUCCUUCUUCUCUUUCUCUCCAUAGAGCUCCAAGCGUACACCCCAGAAGACAACUUCACCAUCAGUUGUGGCACCACCGGGAUAGUCUUCGACGGCCAAAGGACAUGGACGGGGGACGCAGACACAAAGUACUUAUCUGGUGGUCAAGGCAGCACCGUUUUAACCCAAGCAGCAACACAAGAUCCUUCUGUCAAUCAAGUUCCCUACACCACAGCACGGUUAUCCCCUUCUCAGUUCAAUUACUCCUUCCCCGUUUCUGCGGGCCCCAAAUUCGUUCGCCUCUUCUUCUACCCUGUUGAUUACCCUUCCUUUCCCCGCACUCAUGCCUCUUUCUCCGUUCAAUCUAACGGAUUCACCUUCUUAAAAGGUUUCAACGCCUCUCUAAACGCUGACGCGGAAGCCACCAAAACCAUCUUCAGGGAAUAUGUGGUCAACGUCAACGACGGUGACAUUCUCAUCCUCAGCUUCACUCCCUCGCAACCUAACUCCUACGCUUUCAUCAAUGGAAUCGAGGUGCUUUCCAUGCCAAGUGAUUUGUAUUACACGUCAGCAACUGACUCAACAGGAUUCAAGUUCUUGGGAAGUACCACGCUGUACAGCGUAGAAACCAGAUUUGCGCUGCAGGCGGAGUAUAGAAUCAAAAUGGGAGGGCAAGAAAUAUCACCACUAAACGACACCGGCUUGUUCAGGAAAUGGACCGGUGACGAAGAAGAUUAUUUAAUCAAACAAAAUCCACAGAAUAAUGAUCUUCCAGCCAACACGGAUGGUAAGAUGAACAUAACCGUGAAUCCUGAUUACGUGGCACCCAAGGAACUCUACAGAGCAGGGCGUAGCAUGGGCACAAACGCCACUCUGAACAAAAUCAGCAACCUGACUUGGCAGUUCCCGGUUGAUUCUGGCUUCACUUACGUUCUCAGGCUCCACUUUUGCGAGCUUGACCCCAAUAUUAAUAAAGAUGGUGACAGGGUGUUCUUCAUUUACAUAGCGAGCCAGUUGGCUGAGAACCACGCUGAUGUUAUGCAAUGGAGCCACAAUCAGAAAGGUCUCGCUGUGCAGAGAAACUAUGCCGUUUUAAUUCCGAAGGACAAUACUCAGAAAAAGGUUAAUCUCUCGCUUCGGAUGGAUCCUUAUGCAACUAAUGAUAAAACGACAUACAGCGACGCGUUCUUGAACGGUCUCGAGAUCUUCAAAAUCAGUGAGGCUGGGUCAAACAACCUUGCCGGACCUAACCCGGACCCGGUUCAGACUCCACACAACAACAUACCCGCCCCAAAGGGAAACCGCAGCAGCAAAAGUGGAACGUCGAUCGGCAUCGUGGCAGGUGUGGUAUCCGGCGUCGUUUUGAUCUCACUCAUCAUCCUUUUCCUCAUCGUCUUCUUCCGACGCAAGACAAUCACUACGCCCAAGGACUACAACAAGUCCAAGUCCUCCGCGACCUCCAAGUGGGGCCCACUCUCCUUCACAACGACCAAGUCAACCACCACCACGAAGUCCUCCCUCCCCUCCGAUCUAUGCCGCCACUUCUCCCUCCCGGAGAUCAAGUCCGCCACCAACAACUUCGACGACGUCUUCAUCGUCGGCGUCGGCGGAUUUGGCCACGUGUACAAAGGCUACAUCGACAACGGCUCCACCCCCGUCGCCAUCAAGCGCCUCAAGCCGGGUUCACAGCAAGGCGCGCACGAGUUCAUGAACGAGAUCGAGAUGCUAUCGCAGCUCCGCCACCUCCACCUCGUAUCUCUCAUAGGUUAUUGCAACGAGAACAACGAGAUGAUCCUCGUCUACGACUUCAUGGCGCGUGGAACCCUACGCGAUCAUCUAUACAACACCGACAACCCCCCUCUGACGUGGAAGCAGCGCUUGCAGAUCUGCAUCGGCGCCGCGCGUGGACUUCAUUACCUCCACACCGGCGCGAAGCACACGAUCAUCCACCGCGACGUGAAAACUACCAACAUUUUGUUGGAUGAUAAGUGGGUGGCCAAGGUUUCGGACUUCGGGCUUUCGAGAAUCGGGCCCACGGGCAACGCCAAGGCCCACGUCAGCACCGUUGUGAAAGGCAGCAUUGGGUAUUUGGACCCGGAGUAUUAUAAACGACAGCGUUUAACUGAGAAAUCUGACGUGUAUUCCUUUGGAGUGGUGCUGUUUGAGUUACUCUGCGCUCGUCCGCCUCUGAUCAGAACUGCGGAGAAGAAACAGGUGUCGCUUGCUGAUUGGGCGAGGCACUGCUGCCAAAAUGGGACCAUAGGCCAGAUUGUGGACCCCACUUUAAAGGGGAGGAUGGCGCCAGAGUGUUUGAGGAAAUUCUGCGAGGUUGCGGUGAGUUGUUUGUUGGACGACGGAACGCUGAGGCCGUCGAUGAACGACGUCGUUUGGAUGCUGGAGUUUGCGUUGCAGUUGCAGGAGAGUGCUGAGCAGCGUGAAAAUACUAAUAUUGUUGAUAAUGAAAUUAAUGAGAGAAGAGAGGAGGAGGCUAGUGAUGAUUUGUUUAGUACUGGAACCAGUGUGGGCCAGGUUUCGGAUUUUAACAAGAGUAGCGGUGUGGUGAGUGUGAGUACUGAUAGCGAAGAGCUUAGUAGUAGCUACAAAGAGAGUGAUAAGUUGAUGUCUGGGACUGUUUUCUCGGAGAUUGUGGAUCCAAAGCCACGUAUAGCAAUGAUAUUAACCGUGAGAUUCAACAGCGUCACCUCCUUCGUACUCACCUUUCUCUUUCUCUCCAUAGACCUCCAAGCGUACACCCCAGAAGACAACUUCACCAUCAGUUGCGGCACCACCGGGAUAGUCUUCGACGGCCAAAGGACAUGGACGGGGGACGCACACACAAAGUAUUUAUCUGGUGGUCAAGGCAGCACCAUUUUAACUGAAGCAGCAGCACAAGAUCCUUCUGUCAAUCAAGUUCCCUACACCACAGCACGGUUAUCCCGUUUUCAGUUCAAUUACUCCUUCCCCGUUUCUGCGGGCCCCAAAUUCGUUCGCCUCUUCUUCUACCCUGCUGAUUACCCUUCCUUUCCCCGCACUCAUGCCUCUUUCUCCGUUCAAUCUAACGGAUUCACCUUCUUAAAAGGUUUCAACGCCUCUCUAAACGCUGACGCGGAAGCCACCAAAACCAUCUUCAGGGAAUAUGUGGUCAACGUCAACGACGGUGACAUUCUCAUCCUCAGCUUCACUCCCUCGCAACCAAACUCCUACGCUUUCAUCAAUGGAAUCGAAGUACUUUCCAUGCCAAGUGAUUUGUAUUACACGUCAGCAACUGACUCAACAGGAUUCAAGUUGGUCGGAAAUACCACGCUGUACAGCGUAGAAACCAGAUUUGCGCUGCAGGCGGAGUAUAGAAUCAAAAUCGGAGGGCAAGAAAUAUCACCACUAAACGACACCGGUUUGUUCAGGAAAUGGGCCGGUGACGAAGAAGAUUAUUUGAUCAAACAAAAUCCACAGAAUAAUGAUCUUCCAGCUAACAUGGAUGGUAAGUUGAACAUAAACGUGAAUCCUGAUUACGUGGCACCUAAGGAACUCUACAGAACAGCGCGUAACAUGGGCACAAACGCCACUCUGAACAAAAUCAGCAACCUGACUUGGGAGUUCCCGGUUGAUUCUGGCUUCACUUACGUUCUCAGGCUCCACUUUUGCGAGUUUGACCCCAAUAUUAAUAAAGAUGGUGACAGGGUGUUCUUCAUUUACAUAGCGAGCCAGUUGGCUGAGGACAACGCUGAUGUUAUGCAAUGGAGCCACAAUCAGCAAGGUCUCGCUGUGCAGAGAAACUAUGCCGUUUUAAUUCCGAAGGAUAAUACUCAGAAAAAGGUUAAUCUCUCGCUUCAGAUGCAUCCUUAUGCAACUCCGGAUAAAACGAUAUACAGCGACGCGUUCUUGAACGGUCUCGAGAUCUUCAAAAUAAGCCAGGACGAAUCAAACAACCUUGCCGGACCUAACCCAGACCCGGUUCAGACUCCACAUAGCAACAAAUCAGUCCCAACGGGAAAGAUCAGCAGAGGGAGCAGAGAGACGAUAAUUGGCAUGAUCGUGGGGGUGGUAUCCGGCGUCGUUUUGAUCUCGCUCGUCGUUUUCUUCGUCUUUUUGUCUCCAAUUUCCAGGUGUGGUCCACUCUUGUUCUCAAUGACCAAGUCAACAACGACGCAUAAUUCGUCGAUGCCGUUGGAUCUCUGCCGCCGCUUCUCCCUUCUCGAGAUCUUAGCUGCCACCCAAAACUUCGACGACGUCCUCAUUGUAGGUGUCGGGGGAUUUGGCCACGUGUACAAGGGCUACAUCGAUGACGGUUCCACCCCUGUCGCCAUCAAGCGCCUCAAACCGGGUUCACAACAGGGGGCUCACGAGUUUCUGAAUGAAAUUGAGAUGCUCUCACAACUCCGCCAUCGCCACCUCGUCUCUCUCAUCGGCUACUGCAACGAUAAUAAGGAAAUGAUCCUGGUCUAUGAUUUCAUGACACGUGGCAACCUCCGUGACCAUCUCUACAACACCGAUAACCCCACUCUACCGUGGAAGCAACGGUUGCAGAUUUGCAUCGGUGCCGCGCGUGGGCUGCAUUAUCUUCACACAGGCGCAAAGCACAUGAUCAUCCACCGCGACGUUAAAACGACAAACAUCUUAUUGGAUGAUAAAUGGGUGGCCAAGGUUUCAGACUUCGGGCUUUCCAGAAUUGGGCCCACGGACACGUCCAAGUCCCAUGUCAGCACCAAUGUGAAGGGAAGCUUUGGAUAUUUAGACCCAGAGUAUUAUAAACGGUACCGUUUGACAGAGAAGUCUGAUGUGUACUCUUUUGGAGUAGUACUGUUUGAGAUACUAUGCGCUCGACCGCCUCUGAUCCGUAAUGCAGAGACGGAACAGGUGUCGCUUGCCAAUUGGGCCAGGCGCUGUUAUCAAAAUGGGACCAUGGCACAGAUUGUGGAUCCCUCGUUGAAGGGGACUAUCGCGCCCGAGUGCUUCAAGAAGUUUUGUGAGAUUGGGAUGAGUUGUUUGUUAGAAGAUGGGAUGCACAGGCCGUCGAUAAACGAUAUCGUUUGGCUGCUUGAGUUUGCGCUGCAGCUGCAAGAGGAUGCGGAUCAGCGUGAAAAUGGUGAUAUUGUUACAGAUGAAAACAAUGAAAUAAAAAGAGGAAAUUAGUGGCUGUAUGUUUAGUAUUGCAGAGCAUAACUAUUGUUGCAAGGAUAGUGAUUUGUGAGACUGCUUUCUGCGAAAUUAUUGACCCAAAGUUCUGGAAAUGCAGGCAAAACAAUUAAAUUUGAAGGCAAGUUGCUUCCAUCACUAGCAAAUGAAGACAAGUGCAAGGUUACUUGGUAAAUCUUAAAUUUCAACAUUUUUGUUUAACACCCCUAUAUGUUACGUGUUCAAUUAAUGUAUCAUUUUUCUGUCCAAUGGCGAUGAUUUUGUUAUAGUUUUCUUGC